AGCGGAAGUAGUGAACAGGUGUAUAUAAUUAGCACUAAUUAGUAAGUCAACAUUGUCAUAGUCACAAGUUAACCGUCGUUUUUAUUUCUUAAAACGGGAUAAUGUUUGGCUAUGUAAUAGCUUAGGAGACAGUGUAAAUGUUACAAUACAUUAGGAGUUCCGAGCUACUUCCAGGGGCAGUAAUAUUCCGUUUUAAAAUAAGUCAUAUUAGUCGUGCUAACUAGUUAGCUAACAGCUACCUGACGUCCCCUUCCCGCGUCUAUCUGUAAGCUAUAAAGCUAAACGCACGUGUGUCCUGGUUUCGGCAGAAGCAAACUUGAGGAAUAUCCAGGAUGUUCAGGAGAAGUGCCUGGAGGCACACUGUCAGUGAUGCAGUGCGUUUCCACCAAGAGCAAGCCCUCAACACCACCAUGUUUGUCCUGAAAACCUUCGGACCAACAAGGUUUCUGCUCGGAGAGGGAGAGACCACGACCUUCAGGGUGUGCCUGGGUGACCCACAUGCGUGUUCUUGUUCUGUGUUCAUCAAGGAGCAGGUGCCAUGCAAACACAUCUGCUGGGUUUUAAUGCGAAGAUUCAAACUGCCAAUAGCUCAUGAAUAUUCAUUUCAGCAUGGACUUCUGGAGGGACAGAUCUCGAAGCUGCUCGAUGGUUUACACCAACACAAAGACCACCGGACCAGAAAUGGUCCCACUGAAAGUGUCUGCCAGAAAGUGAUCCAAGCCCAAGAUGUGUGCCCUAUCUGCCAAGAAGAUCUGCUAGAGGGAAAACGGCCCGUGUCUUACUGCAGGUUCGGUUGUGGCAAAAGUGUUCACAUCACUUGCAUCAAGGCGUGGGCGGAACACAAGGGAUUCAAAGAAACCGUGAAGUGCCCUCUGUGCAGGGAGGACUUCAGCUCGUUGACGUUACUCCAGGAGCAGGUGAAAAAUGCAGCAAAGCUCUUCAGUGUUGCUGAGAGAGAGACGUCACAACGACACCUGGGAGUUUCCUGUCACAGGUGCAGGGUCUCCCCUGUCACCGGCAGAUGUUUUAAAUGCACGGUCUGCAGUUACUUCUAUCUAUGUGAGAAGUGCUCAAAGAAGGGCUGCCACCCACAGCAUCCAUUUGCUUCACGUACAAACAGGAUGAAGAAGUGGCACCUUGUGGUCGAGGACCUGCGAGAUGAAACCAGGGGGGCGUCCUCUCAGCCACAAAAUGACAGCAUCAUCCCUGAAGCUGCAGACCCUGUGCCAGAACAUGUGUUGCGCGGUCUACCUACAGUCAGGGUGAAAUCGGGGGCUCGGCUCCUGGAUGUGGGACAGCAGUGUCGGAUCUGUCUGCUGGAUUUUAUCCUGGGCCAACAUGUCCGAACUCUGCCCUGCCAGCACAAGUUCCAUGCAGACUGUGUGGAUGGGCUCCUAAGGAAAUCAAACUGCUGCCCCUUGGAUGGAUAUGUCAUUUAUAACCCCUUGACAAGGAAGAAUGAGCACAGUCUUGGUAACACACAGCAACAGAGGCAGACGGAGACUUAAACUUUACCGUUAAUGACGAUGACUAGCAGUGGAAAUGAUUUUCAUUUGUAAGCAUAGCGAAUGAUUUAAGUGCUCGUUGCUACAUUUAAAAUGACAAAGCUCAGGCUUGUUGUACGCUCCCUUUUUUUAAAAGACUCCCUCUUUAGGCUAACUUAAAACACAAUCCUGGUGCUUCCCUUUGUUUGCUUCGUAUUUAUUUUAAAGGACAUUUUUAACUAAUCAGGUGUUUCCGCUCUGGCAACACGUGCCAAAGAUGCUGCUAAAAAUGAAUCGGUUCCUGUUGGUUUGGGACACAUUUGAUCUAAUUUAUACAAAACAUUAAAGUAUGUAUUUAUGUACAAAGCUAACUAUUAAGUG